AUGCACUUAUCUCCAGCUCAUGUGUCGUUCGUCGCAACCUUUAUCCCAGGUGCAUUUGCUACCCCUGGAGCCCUCCAUGCCCCUUCUGCCAUAACCGCUGGCACCGAUGUCCAAGUAGUCCUUGAGCCAAACGUCGCAUAUGCGAAAGCUUCAAAAGCCGUCGAUUACAGGUUAUAUCUGAGCGCAGGUGCCGCGCACUACGUCCUCUCCCCACUCUGUUUCCUGAGUCCCCACCUCCCCAUAAACGAGACCACAACCACGAUCAACAUUCCAAAGGACGUCGGCCCCGAUGGCUCCACAUAUAGAAUCCAAGCGUGGUAUGCCCAGACUUUCGAAUGGUCCGACUACAUCACGUUGACCGGCUCGACGCUUGCCAACUGGUCGGCUGUCGAACCCAUCGGAAUGAAACUUUGGGAUGCCGUUCCGUGCUCGGCAAUGAACUGCUUCCGGCAGUGUAAUGAGAAGAAUCACGCCGCACACAAAGAAGGGACCUGGUGGACCAAUACUAUCCUUUGCAGCUGCCUACGGAAGUGUCCUGGCGUGGACACCACCAACCCAUACUAUGGGGGUGGCGAUGGCUGUGGAUGGGAAUGGAGAAUCGAGGACGAGGAGGCUACCCAAACAUUAAUCUCCACCAGCGCAAAGCCUACCGGGACGGCCACCUUCAUAUCUUCCAGUAUUUCGCCGCAUUCUUCAUCGUCACAUACGACAGCUCCUGCCCCGGAAGUGCUAGAAACAGCAACCCCCGGUAGUGCCACAGUUGGUACUGUCGCUACCCCAUUGCCCUCAAAAGCCCAGGCAGCGAAGAAACAGCUACAUACCUCUCUGGUUUUGAUAUUUGGAAUUGCAUUAUUGAUGUUCUAA